AUGGCCUCGAACGACGACAUCGUUGACCCGAUAAUGGACGACAACCGGGACCGCUCGCGGUCUGACUCAAUCAUUGUUAUCAGAAGAAACACAUCUUCGCCGCCGCCGAAGCGCAAGGUGAAGAAGCAGGCGCCUCAGAAAAGUGUCGACGAAUUUUGGAACAAGUUCACCUCCAAGCACCCCGGCAAGGCGUUUACCAUCCUUCCCGACAACCUUUACGCAAAGCGCGCAGCUGCGCAUGCGCCGAAGGGCGUCGUACCCGGCCAGAACGCCGUUGCUUCCUACGCUGAAGCUGUAGAGAGCUGCAAGUCCAAGGUCGCAAAGAUUGUCAAAGAGUGCCGGCGCAUCAACCAGAAGUACCGAGACCCUCACUUCGAUAUCGAGACGGACUUUAAGCGCGUGUAUCCUCCGGAUUGCUUGACAACUUUGGACGAGACGGGGACACGGUUGUUUCCCGGUUCUGUGAAAAGAGUCGAGGACGUCUUCGAAGAUCCCGCGUUUUUCCUAGAAGGCGCAACGGCCAAUGAUGUUCGGCAAGGGAACGAUGGUGAUUGCUGGUUCAUGUCUGCGCUCUGCACGCUGAGCAACAAGGAAGGACUCAUUGAGAAGGUCUGUGUAGCGCGUGACGAGCAAGUGGGUGUCUAUGGCUUCGUCUUCCACAGAGAUGGAGAGUGGAUAUCGGAGGUCAUCGACGACAAGCUUUACCUGAUAAAGAAGGAUUUCGACGACUCGGACAUCGAUCGAUACCAGUUCCUCGAGCUGCAUAACCGCAAAGCUCCGGACGAGGAGUACCGCACAGUGUUUCAGACCGGGUCACAAGCGCUGUACUUUGCACAAUGCAGCGAUCCCAAUGAGACCUGGCUGCCGCUCCUUGAGAAGGCGUAUGCGAAGGCUCAUGGAGAUUACUCGUCCAUUAAUGGGGGCUUCGUUGGGUCAGGCAUCGAAGAUCUCACCGGCGGGGUAACAACCGAAGUGUUCGCAACCGAUAUCUUAGACAAGGACAAGUUUUGGAAAGAAGAGCUCAUGAAUGUAAACAAGCAGUUCCUGUUCGGCUGUGGGCAGAUGGGCGGUCUAUACGGACAAAGGAGAGGCAUACAAGAGAAGCACGCAUAUUCUAUCAUGGAGGCAAGGGAGGUUGGCGGUGUGCGGCUACUCAAGUUGAGGAACCCAUGGGGCAAGACUGAGUGGACGGGUGCUUGGAGUGAUGGCUCAGAGCAAUGGACGCCAGAGUGGAUGACAGAGUUGGACCAUAGGUUUGGUGAUGAUGGGGUCUUCUGGAUUUCCUACAAAGACCUCCUCCGCAACUACCAGCACUUCGAUCGUACGCGCCUGUUCGGCGAAGAAUGGACCGUAACGCAGCAGUGGACAAGCCUGAAUGUGCCGUGGUCUGUCGACUACCUAGACACGAAAUUCAAAAUCAGCCUUGACAAGCCUGGCCCAGCUGUCAUCGUGCUCGCGCAGCUCGAUGACAGGUACUUCCGGGGUCUGGAAGGCCAGUACGAGUUCCAUCUUGCGUUCCGCCUGCACAAAGACGACGAAGAAGACUACAUUGUCCGCAGCAGCGGGCCGUACUACAUGAAACGCUCGGUCAGCACGGAGCUAGAUCUCAAGGCUGGCAAUUACACCGUCUUGCUCAAGAUCACUGCCGUCAGAGAUUCGAACGCCAGGGCGGCUGAAGAAGUCAUCCGCGAUACCUGCAACAACCGACGGGCGAAGCUACUUGCUACCGGCUUGAGUUACGAUCUAGCGCACGCUAAGGGCCAAUUCAAAGAGUCGGAGUCGGAGAAGGCCACGCGGGAGAAGAAAGAGGAAAGAGCGGAAAGGAAAGAUCAGGCGAAGAAGAGGCAUGAUGCAUUUCGCAAGAUCCGUCAGAAAGAGAAACUGCGCAGGAAGAGAAAAGAAGCGAAGGUAGCAGAAAGGAAGGCAGCCAAGCUAGCUGAGAGGAAAGAGCAUACGCCCGCCGCGACCGAGGUCGAAAUCAUCUCAACCAGGCUUCAGGAGAUCAUAGUCGAAGAUCCCAUCCACGAAGCGGGUCUCGGCAUCCACGUCCACAGCGAAGACGAAGCCAGGGCAACAAUUGCCUCGCCGCCCCUGAAACCCACCAUCAACGGCCCUGCUGACUAUCCAGGCGGUAACGGCAUCUCCGCAGGCCGCAAAGGGUCUCAUGCCGGUCACUCGCGAACCGGAUCUGAAAUUAUAGAAGCGCAUCACCACAGACCUGAAACCCCGCCUCUCCGCCCCGACACGCCUGGCGGCGGCUUCCGAGGCCGUGGAGGCUAUAACACCGGUCGCGGUGGUUAUAAUGAAGCGCAGGCCGGCGCCAGCGCUUUGCCUCCUGAAGCCCACCACCGGCCCGGUACCCCAAGCGUCGUCCCACAUGAACAGAACAACAGACCAGGCACGCCGUCCAGCGCCGGCUUUACCGGCCGAGGCGGCUACAACGAGGUUCAAGGGCGCGGCGGUUACAACGAGGGGCGCGGCGGCUACAACGAGGAAGACGAUCGGCCCGGAACACCACGCCAACGUCCCUCAUCCCGCGCCGCCUCGCCAGCCACAGGCCGCCGUAAUGCAUCCCGCUCGCCUGCGCCGUCUCGCCGUGGUACGCUCACGCCGCUGCCGGGCAUCCGCGUCACGGAUGGGGAAGCGGUCAGCGUGGCGUCCGUCAAGCAUGAGCGUGCCCACAGCUCCACCGACGACUCCGUCGACGUCGACAACGACGCUGAGAUCAGCGACGGCGAUCUGAGCUGGGACUCCGAGCUCGACUUCACGGACUCGGAGAUGGAGGAGCUAGAGGCGGAGUUGCGGGCUCCGCUUCCUGGUGUGGGUGCUGGGUUGCCGCGGCCGGUGAUCGGUAGGCGGUGGAGGGAGCCGGAGCCGGAGGAAAGUGAAGAUGAGGUCGAGAGGGAUCCGUGGAAUGCGGUCUGUGUGGUUGGACUGAGGGUGUAUAGCAAGGAUACCCAGGUUAAGAUCGAGGUUGUGAAGCCGAAAGAGAAGGCGGUGGAGAGUAAGACGCUGGAUGUGGAUGAUAGGGAGGCGGACGCUACGAGAGGGCUUGGGAUGGAGGAGACGAGAGAUGGGGCUGAAGAGGAAGAGAAGGUGCUGGGGAGUGCGCCCGCUAAUGUUGAGGAAAAUAGGCAGGGGUAA